AUGCAUAAUGAGAUAUUUUGGAAUGCCUUAACAUUAUCUCAUUUUGAUCCUCGCACAAAUCAAUGUGAAAAAGAAGUUCAGAGGAUUAUUCAUUUGCAAAAUGUUGCAAAUCAAUUACCUGAUGUAUUUACUGAUACAAAUAAAAUAAUAAAAUCACAUGUACCAGCUGCAAAUGUUCCAGCAAAAAUUAAUGUCCCUGUGGGACAAUCUAUCAAUGUUACAGCAAAUGCAUCUAAGAUACACUUGAAACGUGGAAGACUAGUUGGCGCAAAAGAUGUUCUUCGCAAGAAGAAAACACAAAGAAAGUUGGUAUUUAAAACUGAUGAAAUGAUAAGCCUUAAUGAGGCAAAGACAGUAAAUGAUGAUAAUGUGGCCCUUGAUAAGGCAUAUGCCCUUAAUGAGGCAAUGGUACCUGAAAAUGAUGAGAUCUCACUAAAUUAUGAAAUAAGAUACAGUAGAAAUGAAAUUGUUAUCGACAACAUAUUCUCAUAUUCCGUUACUCUUGAUAUUGAAAACGAGGAUCCGGAACCUUGA